CACUCAAACCAUCCCACUCCCCUCUAACAAACCUUUGUCUUCUUCACAUUUCCAUAAUCCCUAGUUCAUCAACCGAUACACACAAGUAUGGCACACUUUGUAGGCAGACACCUCCAUAUACUUCCACUAACAAACCAUGUACGCUACAAGAAAACAAACGCAUUUGCGAUCUUCAAAGUUCCAAACCAUAUUGCACCAUUUCAAUCUUCCAAGCAUUUGCGCUCCUGCACCUUUUCAAUCUUCAAAGUUCCUCACCUAACCCUUGUUCUCCCUCUCACGUUUCUUCUUUUUUGAUCCCAAUCUCAGCGUGCGUGCAUCCGUGCACACAACCAUGUCCUCUAACAUAUGCAUCACUGUGUAUAAAACCCAACACUGAUCGCCAGUUCUAUCGCCACAACACAAUAUAAUCUCAUUGAUCGGUCACCACCAAGAACAUCAGAAACAAGAAAGGAAAUCAGGCAAAACCAGCAGCGAAAACUAAUAUGGGUAAGUUCAUCUUAUUCUUCGCGGCGUUCCUGGUGUCCCUCUCCGUCGUCCAAGGAAGAGGCAUGUCGUCGUCCUCCGAGCAGCAGGAGGGUGUACUCGGAGACGCGCGGUGCCGGCUCGAGGUCCAGCAGAACCCGCUGGACGCGUGCCGGCAGAUCCUGCACCGGCAUCUGACCGGCCGCGCGCCCGGGGGCCUCGCCGGCGUCCAGUGGGGCGCCAGGGACCGGUGCUGCGAGCAGCUCCAGGCCGUCAGCCUCCCGUGCCGCUGCGCCGCCAUCCGCGGCAUGGUGAGAGGCUACGAGCAGAGCAUGCCGGCGCCGCUGGACCAAGGGUCGCACUACUCAUCUCCUGGCUGCAUGACGGAAGAGCAAGGGCAAGCAGGGCGGCGCUGCGGCGAUGAGCGGCGGCAGGGAGAAGGCGGGUUCUACGGCGCCGGUGAGACGGCGAGGUGUCAGCAAGGAGGAGAGGGGCUCGUCUACGGCGGGACGGCUGGGAUCAGUCGGGCAGGAUCAGUGAUCUAUGAUUGGGAUCUGAUGGAGCAGGAGCCGGAGCAGAAGGUCAGUCGCGUGGGGUUGAUCAAGGCGCGGCGAUACAUGGCAGGGCUGCCGACCAUGUGCCAGAUCGAGCCCAUGGAAUGCGGCGUCUUCUCCCCCGAUGAGUCGAUGACCAGCACUAAGCUAGGCUAUACUAGCUAGCAGCCGACUCGUAUGCAUGCACUGUGUGUGAGCGCCUUUGAUCGUAGUGUAGUAUAUAAGUGUGGUCACAUUCUUGCAUGUGGCACUAGUAAUAAGGAAUUGAAUAAUGAAAUGGGGAUUUACUGGGCGCGUACACACCCGGUAAUUUCUUCGUGUGACAACAACGAUUUCAUGCCCCUGUCACCGCCUCCAAGUCCUGUCGUUGUUGUCGUCGCUGCGACGAUG